CUGAAUGGAGGAGAGGGGGGCUCUGGGAAGAGGAGGAGGAGGAGGGAGGCUGGUGAUACAGCAGGACAAUAUCAGCCAGAGCUCAUCAUAACAAGGCAAGUGGCUGAGCGAAGCGAUUGAGGGAGAGAGGCUGAAUUUAACACCCAGAGACGUGGGGAUGGGAAAUAGGAGAAGUGUCAGCUUCUGUGCACAUCUCAAUGUCUGUUGCAGCUCAGGGUUAGACAGAGGCCUUCAGCCUUUACUGCUGCAAUAAGACCCUGCUGAUCCUUCUGCUGAUCCUUCUGCAUCUGACUGCAGGAACUCACACACAAGAAACAAUAUCCACUGGGACUAAUCUAAGCUCUUGCCUUGUCCUUGUUCUUGUUUGAGGGAAACGUCCGGAGGAAAACUGCCGUCCCCACAGGUUGCCGAGCGCAGAGGGACCCACAUUGGCUGGUUCCUCCCCCUGCGCCUGGUCAUGGACUCAGUAUUCGGCGAUGACAUCAGUAUCAUUGCCCAAGAGACCUUUGUGCAGGACGACGAUGAGGAGGAGGAGGACUGGGUGGACAGUCCCAACACUGACCAGUCCGGAGACAUGUGCUCGGCCUCUCACUUUGCCCUAAUCACCGCCUACGGCGACAUCAAGGAGCGUCUGAGCUCGCUGGAGAGAGAGAACGCCGCGCUACGGAGGAAACUCAAAGUCUAUGAAGUCAAGUAUCCCAUUAUAUCAGAAUUUGAUGAUGAUCAGAACUUCUCACCUUAUGACUCCAAAGAAGAUUCACUGUUGAGGACAAAGACCUCACAACACGAGCUUCAAAAGUGUCAGGAGAAUGAGGAGAAGAUAGAAGAGAUGGUCCGAACAUGUGAGAAAAUGUGUGCAGAGCGAGGCGAGUUACAGGAGGAGCUGAGUGAAAUGAAAGGUUUGGUUCUGACCCAUGUGGCCCACAUCCAGUCUCUGGAGCAGCAGUUACAGAUGUGCACAGAGCCUCAUCCUUUCCCUGGCUCGGCCCUAACUGAUCCAGACAUGCAGUAUCUGUCGCUUCAUCACGGCCACAACAUGUCACACGUGCUUGAUCAUGCCAUGAACUGGCAAGCCCCCCGUAGCCUAGACCUGCAGCGGGAAAUCGGGGCACAGAGGCGAGAUGAUGAACUGGAGGAAGCGCGGAGGGAUCUGCAAAAUGCACAACACAGAGAAAAACAACUAAAGGAAGAUGUGCUGCGUCUGGAGGAAGAACUGAAGCAGCUACAGGAGGCCCGGGACCAGGAGCUGGUCACUGGACAGACCCAGAGGGAGAUGGCCUGGCUGAAGGAAGUUGGGGAUGACCAGGUGAAUCUAGCUCUGGCUUACACUGAACUCACAGAGGAGUUGUACCGUCUUAGAGACCUCGCUGCUUUACAGAGUCGGUUCCUGAGGACACUGCUGGAGGAACAAGCAGGUCAGAGGCAUUCACCUCCACAUCAUCACCCUCCUUGUCCCCUGCGACAUUCCCCUUCCUCUAUGCGGCACUCCCCUUCUUCCCAGCGGCGCUCUCCUGCUCCCCAGUGCCCAUCUCCAAUCCAUCAGCGGAGGUCCCCAGUGCCUCAAUCUCCAGCCCACCAGCGACGCUCCCCAGUGCCACCAUCUUCUCCAUCACGACGGUCUCCUGUCCCAAUCUCUUGUCCUUCCCCUGGACCAACUGAUGUUUCAUAUCCCAAGCCGGCAACCCAUGAGGUGAAGGCCUCUUUCCAGGCCCGCCGGAGCUACUCGGAGAUCAGUGAGGCUACCCUGUACCCACGAGCACCUCGAUCCCUGUGGAUGGCCACUGGCACUGCUACCUUGCCCAAGCAGCGUUCCUACAAUGAAUGCUAUGCAGGCAGCCCCCCAGCACUCAAUUGUUUCCAGGAUGCUUCGCAGCAGUCCUCCGAUGAAGAGGAAUGGAGCCCCCCAUCACCUCCUAGCCCUGAAACUGGAACAGUACGCUGUGCAUCUUUUUGUGCAGGGUUUCCCAUCCCAGACAUUGGCAGCAGGAGGAUGUCGGCAUCAUAUUCACGGGCAGAGCAUGCACAAUCCUGGCCAUCUAUCAAUCUGCUGAUGGAAACGGUGGAUUCGGAAGUAAGAAGCUGCCCUCUUUGCCAGCUGGCCUUUCCCGUCGGGUACCCAGAUGAUGUUCUAAUCAAACACAUAGACUCCCACCUGGAGAACAGCAAGAUCUAAAGUAAAGGUGUUUUUAUCCUACAUGAGAAAGUCCCAGUCAUGGCCCAGUGAGGUGCGACACUAAAACUAGACACUGAUUAAAAACACAAGACAAAGUAGAACACAAUCUGGUUAGAUAUAUACACGUUGGAAUGGGUACCAAGUAAUAAAUAAUAUCACAACA